UCACAUUCUCCCAUUUGCUUCUCUCAAACGGCAUUCUCUCACUCACACUCUCUCUCUUUCACACUCACUUUCUCUCUCCUCUUUUCACUAGUUGCUCAACGACUGAAGAGCACAUACAAUUUUUGCUCAACCAAAAAAUGCCCACACAAUUCCUCUAGUUUCUUCAUUUUAAUCUCCCAUUUCUUGCAAUAUCUCAUAAAAUAAAAAGGUUACUGCAUGAUUUGGGGGGUUUUUGAGAUUUAGGGUAUUUUUCGUUAGAGAAAAAAAUGGAGAGGAAACAGGGUUUUUUCUCGGCGUUAAAAGAAGAGGUAGUAAGAGGAUUAUCUCCGGGAAAAUCAAGGGCUAGGAGUCCGGCAAGAAGUGGUUCCGCCAUGACAGGGCUUCUCCGACGGCGGAAAGGCCACCGCGUGGCAAUACCAGAGGUGUUGAUUGCGAGAUCCGGUAGCUUAAGGCCGCCAGAGAUGCUAUCGCCAUUGCGAGAGGGGCCGGACCAGUGCGGCGCUCGUGAGGAGAGAGACGAGGGAGGGUGGGCCCACUGGAUGAAACGUAACCCUUCAAUUUCCGGUUCUUCGUCUUCUUCGUCAGCGGCAGCUUGUAAGAGGUCGGAUCUGAGGCUUCUGCUUGGUGUGUUGGGUGCGCCGCUUGCUCCGGUGCACGUUAGCGCUAGUGAGCCCCUUCCUCAUCUCAGCAUCAAAGACACGCCCAUUGAAACUUCGUCAGCGCAAUAUAUCUUGCAACAAUACACGGCUGCUUCCGGAGGGUUAAAACUUCAAAACUCAAUUCAUAAUGCAUAUGCCAUGGGCAAGUUAAAGAUGCUAGCUUCUGAUAUUGAGACCCCUAAUAAGGUUAUUAAGAACAGAAGCUCCUCCAAGUCUGCAGAGUCUGGUGGAUUUGUACUUUGGCAAAUGAAUCCAGACAUGUGGUAUGUUGAGCUUGCACUUGGUGGUAGCAAGGUUCAUGCUGGUUGCAACGGGAAGCUAGUUUGGAGGCACACCCCUUGGCUUGGUGCACAUGCUGCUAAAGGGCCUGUUAGACCCCUUCGCCGUGCAUUACAGGGCCUUGAUCCAAGAACCACUGCUGCAAUGUUUGCAAAUGCAAGAUGUAUAGGGGAAAAGAAGAUUAAUGGAGAAGAUUGCUUCAUUCUGAAACUGUGCGCUGAUCCGAAGACCCUCAAGGCCAGGAGUGAAGGGCCAGCUGAAAUUAUACGCCACGUUUUGUUUGGUUACUUCAGUCAGAAAACGGGGCUUCUUGUACACAUAGAAGAUUCUCAUUUAACCCGCAUUCAGUCUAACGGAGGUGAUGCUGUAUAUUGGGAGACAACUAUUAAUUCAUGUCUCGAUGAUUACAGGCCUGUUGAGGGGAUAAUGAUUGCUCAUUCUGGUCGUUCAGUGGUGACCCUGUUCCGAUUCGGGGAAACAGCAAUGAGCCACACAAAGACCAGGAUGGAAGAAGCUUGGACAAUUGAAGAAGUAGCUUUCAAUGUUCCGGGCUUGUCAAUUGACUGUUUUAUACCCCCUGCUGAGAUUAGAUAUAGCUCUGUUGGAGAUUCUUGUGAGCUCCCACACGGUGAUAGGUUGAAGACUAUGUCAGCAACAGCUGCAGCAUAUCGUGCCAAAGUUGCUUCGAUGGACAGAUCGUACGAGACCAAUACGAGUAACAUGACGUGGCAGAUGGAUAAUAUGCAUGUUUGAUGGAGGGUUAACUCAGAAUUCUCCAUUCAGGUUAGUUGACAGGGUAGCUAGACUUGUAGAACAUAGAGUUUUUAAGGUUUGUGUGUAGGAGCUUUCUUUCUUUUAGCAGAAAUUUUCCAUUGGAUUCUUUUGUCCCAUUGAAUCUGUAAAUACAAGCACAAUGGUUCACAAGAGGGCCUUUACCAAAGGACAGGUGUUUCCACACCGCAAAUGUGAAUUUUACUGCGAAUAUUUUGUGUCGAGAGGGGGUCUCAUGUGGAUCCCGAAUCUAAUGGAUUCUGCGAUUUAGUACUUCCCUUAAUUUGAUGGUGUCAAAUGAUCAUCCAUCUUCUACAAUCUUUGUAAAAUUAUUUUCUCUGGAAAUUGAUUUCUGCUGACCUAAAUGAUGAUGAGUCUUUUCAUUAUCUUAUA